AUGAUAAAAAAUAAGGGAAAGAAGAAAAAAGAUGUGAGCAAGUCAAAGAACCCCCCAGGCGCACUAAACAAAAAGACACCACCCUCGAAAAACGCGCCAACUGAAAAGAAAAACGAUAAGCCUCCCACGAUCUUGCGAUGGAUAGAUUUGCUGCGAAAUUUGAAGCAACUGAAGAAAAACAUAGACGACGAAAUUUGCAACCACGAGAUCAACAAGAACAUCAAUGAUAAGUUGCUGCUCUUUCUAAAUGACGAGCUGGAGGAGGAAAGCAUUUUCGAGAAAAUCGAGGAAUUAAAAAAUGGGAAGCUGAGCAUGCUGGUCGACAUUCACAAAGAAAAUAUGACUAACUUAGAAAGGCAAUUUGAGCAGGACAUAAACAAGCUGUUUCUCCAUUUUGAGGAAGACCGCGAGAUUCUGGUCAGCAACCGGAACAGCAUCGUCCACAACAUAAAUUUGUUUUACAGCCAGAUUGAAGAAAGCCAGAAGAAUAGAAAGACGGAGCUGCAAAAGGAAGAGUUCGAGAUGAUGGACGAAAUUUACAAAAACUACAUCGCGGAGAGGUACAUCUCCAAUUACAAAUUUGAACAGUUCAAAGAAAAGAACGAAACGAGGUUUAGCAGUCUCAUCAGCGAAAAUAAAAAGAUGCUGGAGGAGGCGAGCAGUAGUUACAACUCUAUUAAGGAGAAGUACGAGCGGAGCAAGAGUAACCUUUCCACGAAGGAGCGAGAGGUGCACGACUUGGAACUCAAAAUCGACAGCUGGAAGUUAAAGCUGGAGAAUGAUAUCAAGGUGGGAAAUGCGCGAUGUGAGAAUCAAAUCCAGUAGAUGCAAAUCGAGAGACUGCGAAAUGAGAAGACCCAACUGCUCAACCACAUCAGGGCAAUCAAAAUGAUCCUCCAAAAGUUGAAACAUAACGACAAGCAGCGACUUAUCGACAUCACCGUGAGCUCAAGCAAAUGUAUAAGUGUGUUGGAAGAAAAUAUUUCUCUCGCAAAUAAAUUGAUAAACACGAACAACUUGUGCAGGCAAGUGUUUUCUCCAAAGGAGAGCAACCUCAUGAGAUACGAAACGGAGCGGGAAAAAAUUGCCUCAAGUUUGGAUGUGACGAGUCGGGAAGGAGAAGUCGGGCCUGUUGACCCGGACAGGGAGGAAUCAACGGCCGACAUGCAAAAGAAAAACGAAGAUCAGGCGAAGCUUCUGGAGAAUUUCUUCAGGCGAAAAAAUAAAACCAUUUUGGACAUAAUGCUUUUAAAGAAAGAGUUACAUGCACUCAGGAAGAAGAACAAAGAAUAUACCAAAGUUAUUGACGACAUGGAAAAUAAAUUAAACUUAAACAAAAAGGUGAAGUUUAAGGAGAGCGACUUUGUCAUAAGGUCUGCAUUGUAG